AUGCUCUGGGCCGCGCGUCGGGCCGGCCAGCGCCUCCGCAGCGCCUUCCCCGCGGCGAGCAUGGGCGACGCCGCCUCGAGGCUCGUCAGCCCCCAGGAGGCCCUUCCGGGCCGGGAGGAGCCGGUCGCGGUGGCGGCCAAACAUCAUGUCAAUGGCAACAGAACAGUCGAACCUUUCCCAGAGGGAACGCAGAUGGCUCUAUUUGGAAUGGGCUGCUUCUGGGGAGCCGAGAGGAAAUUCUGGACCCUAAAAGGAGUCUAUUCAACUCAAGUUGGUUUUGCUGGAGGCUACACUGCCAACCCUACUUAUAAAGAAGUGUGCUCAGGAAAAACCGGCCACGCAGAAGUCGUCCGAGUGGUGUUCCAGCCAGAGCGCAUCAGCUUCGAGGAGCUGCUCAAGGUCUUCUGGGAGAACCAUGACCCUACCCAAGGCCUGCGGCAAGGCAACGACCACGGGUCCCAGUACCGCUCGGCCGUCUACCCGACCUGCGCGCAGCACCUGCAGGCCGCCCUGCGCUCCAGGGAGGACUACCAGAAGGUCCUGCUGGGCCACGGCUACGGCCAGAUCACCACCGACAUCCGGGAGGGGCAGCCUUUCUACUACGCGGAGGACUACCACCAGCAGUACCUGAGCAAGAACCCCGACGGCUACUGCGGCCUGGGGGGCACCGGCGUGGCCUGCCCCCUGGGGAUUCCAAAGUAACCUCUCCCCACGCGUCAGCCUCCGAGGGCACCUCAAAAAAGCGCUUUCCCAGAUCAGGUGGCUCUCUGGGGGCUCAGGUCCGUGGCUUUUUGAAAUGCACAAAGCAUGAAGCGUUCCCCAAAAUCUGGUUAUCGAGUCUGAUUUACACGCAGCGCAACGGCAAGUUGAUAACAUGUAAUUUAUCUUCCAAUUAGUGGUGGGACUGGGGUGGUGAAUUUGGGGGGAUCACUAGGGGUCUGAAUGAGGAUAAAGGCCACGCUCUGCUCACCUCUCUGUGCCUGGUGCCUGCGGGGAAGCAGGGGGCAGAGCGGGGGGCUG